UGGAUCGUUUAUUUAAGUGGUGGCCACCGAAAAUGGCUUCUAGUUUUUUCUUUACCAUGUUCCUGCAUAAUGUAAUCUAAUGUUGGUGUGCUUUUCUUACGUCACGGAAUUUCCAGCAACCUGCCAAAAAAAAGUUAAACGAACCUGAAUAAAGCUUUUUUUGGUGUGAACAUGUGUAAAAACAUUAAAGUUCAGUCAAUUUUAUUUAAAAUAUACGAACAUCUUGUUGCUUCAAAAUCGAAAUGUUUAAAAACGUCAUGUGUACUGCGUAUUUUAAGCGCAGAGUUGACUGAAAAAACUUUUCGACCUAACGCGGAAGUUGUUUGAAGGAACUCCCGCGGAUAUAGUACUUGUGCGGAUAAGCCACGUGAAUUUCUUUAGGGAUGUUUGUGUUUACAACUGAAUGAAAAAGAUGUCAAAACUAAAACGAAAGAAACCAGCAGUUGAGAAAUGUAGACCCGAGCAGCAGUCCGUUGUCAAAAACACAAGUGAGAGUUUCCGCAGGGUGCAGGAAAGUCACUGCAGCAAAACACUUACGGACAGAUCUCCUGGUGCUGCUGUGCCAUGGUGGAAGAGAUCUGAAUUAAAUGAUGACGAGAGAAUUUGGGCUCUUACUUUAACAGCCCUUUGCCCAACCCUGCAAACACAUCAGGAGGAAUGUAUUCCUCCGCUUCCGCCACCCUCAUCCACACUUCUGCAGGGAGCUCCUGUGGAAAAAGUAAGUGACUGGAAGUGGGGCCUUUCAAAUAAAGAUAUUGACCUUCCGGGUCUGCCCGCUCCAUCUUAUGUUCUUCACCCUCCUCCUUUGAAUGACCUCACUUCAUGCCCUCCAACAGUAGAGGACAAUGGGAAAUCAACAGCCCGUACAGAUCAAGGGGAGGGUACAUCAGUGUGUGACCUUCAACCUACGAAGCAUCAGCACCUAGAAGGUCAUGCAUCAUUAGAUAAACAGAGCGACAGACUUUGCCCAGCAAGGAAAGUCUCUCAAUGUGUGGAAAUCACAGAGGAUCAUGGGAAUGCAGCAGUCAAAACGUGCAGCUCAUUAAAGAGACCCCUGAGCUACGAAGAGGGCGAGAGAAUUAAACUGAAUACUAAAACACUUUCUGUGCACGGAUACGGACAGAACAGUUCAGUCCCAACAGGACGGCAUGGACGAGAAGGGGAGAGGGAUGUUUUUGGAACUCAGGUGGUUGCAUCUGGAUCUGGAGCAGGAGGAUCUAAAUUAAGAGUGGGAACAAAACAAGGAGCAGGAGGACCUGGAACACAGCUGAAAACAACAUCAGGACUUGCAAUAAAAUCAAGAACAGGAGGAUCUGGAUCAGAGCUCAGAACUAAAUUGGGAGCUGGAGGAUCUGGAUCAGAGCUCAGAACGAAAUCAGGAGAAGGAGGAUCUGGAUCAGAGCUCGGAACUAAAUCGGGAGCUGGAGGAUCUGGAUCAGAGCUCAGAACGAAAUCAGGAGCAGGAGGAUCUGGAUCAGAGCUCGGAACUAAAUCGGGAGCUGGAGGAUCUGGAUCAGAGCUCGGAACUAAAUCGGGAGCUGGAGGAUCUGGAUCAGAGCUCAGAAAGAAAUCAGGAGCAGGAGGGUCUGGAUCGGGACUUGAAACAAAAUCUGAAGAAUCUAUGUUAAGCUUGGAAAUAAAUUCGGGAGAAGAGGAAUCUAAACCAGAACUGGAGUGCUGCCCCAUGUGUCUGAUGGCAUUUCCUGCAGGGUUCUCCCAAAUGGAAUGUGAUGGACAUCUUGCACAGUGUUUAUCAGAGAUGCAUGAAGAUAUCGUCUGGUGAAGACAUAAACCAGUUUUCUGAUUCUUUUAUCUGUGCUUUCCAGCGUGUGCUUGCAAAGCAUUUGGACCUUUCAGAUGUUCUGUUUAUGAUUAUCUCAACCCUUUUAUUUCAUUUCUGAAACUGGAUUGCAAAAGAAAAACGCAAUAAAGUCAAAGUGACGUCUUCUCCA